UAGCUAAGGCAUUCGAUAGGCAAGUGUUGUGGAGUCAACAAGUUGGUUGCGCGCGCUGUGCUGUGCUGUUGUUAUUAAGUGUGAUCCCUCACGAAAUUAGUCGACGUUCGGAGCGAACCCGCGGUGGUCAAUGUGAACACUACUAGUUAACGAGAGAGAUAGAGAGAGCGAGAGCGAUAGCGAAGUGUGAAAAGCCAGGAGCCGGAGAUCGAUCGUGUGUGCGUGUAUGUGUGUCCCGUUCGUCCGUCUAGUGCGAUCGCGAUCGCGGUGUGUCCCUUGCUAGCUGACAAUCCCUGCUGUUACUCUUGAAGUGUCUCUCUAGCGGGCCAGUUGCCUUUUUUCCAGAACCGACGACAGGCAGCCUCCUUUGGCAAGAAGCAGAAACGGAAAUUGAUAUUGUUAGCGUGUAGUGUAUUUAUUUAUUAUAAGCACCCCUACUUUCGGCGUUCCUCCGGCCAUCCAUCGAGACUAGUUUGUAGCAGCAAAAAAAUCAUCGCACACGCACAUACCCUCACAAAAAACGUGAUAUGAAGAACCUACUGAUAACGACAGCCGUGAUAUGCAGCGGCCUGCUGGUGACGGUCCUGGCUGUGCCCGUGCCGGAAGCGAAACCCAAACCAGCGCCUGCACCCGCACCGGAACCAAAGACCGACAUAGAACUGAUGAAAAUCCCGCUGGACGAUGAUAAGGAACUGGACGUCAUCACACUGGUCGACUCGGAAGAUCAGAGAAUCAACGAGCGAAACAAGCGAACGAUCGGUAUUCUUCGGGAGCUGUUCCCAACCCUGUCGCAGAUUCUGGAUCAGAAAAUCCAGAUGAUCACGUCCUAUUUGUUCCGCACGAUUGGACCGAUACUUCUGCGCAGCGGUUUGGGAGGCGGCGCCGGUAACAACGGCGGUAGUCGCGGAACCUCCGACGUUGAUUUCGACGAUGAUUUCGGUGAUGACGAUGACGAUACUGCCACUAAGAGUAAUGGUUCCAACGGCAGUACCAAUGGCAGCAAAGUGAGCAUAUCGCUGCCAACCUUCCCGCCGAGCAGCGAUGAUGACAGCAGCACAACCGAAAUCAGUCGAACGACCACUGCGAGCGAUGAAAAUGAUCUGAGAAAACGAUCCGCAGAAACGGUUACCAGUUGGGCAGGGAUCGUUAAUUCGUUAGCAACCUCGCGGUUGUCGUCGUCUUCAUCGUCAUCGCUGCCGGCGGCUGCACCUACGACACAAAGCGAAACUGUUGCACCUAGCACUGUAGUCAACAAUGGCAGUUCUAGUGCCGAACUAGCUUCGGCCACAACCACACUGAGAGCACAAGAUAGCACCGAUUCCAACCUGAUCACUAGCGAUCAGGACAGCCAGAACACACUGGAAACGCUGGAUCUGGCCGGGCUGAGUGACACCCUGAAUGCGAUUCGAGUAGCCCGAGCCACCGCGGAAGAGACGAAGUCGGUUUCCGACGGCGACGACCAGAAGGGCGCCGAAUCGUCGGGCAAGAGUUCCGCCCUGGACGAGCUGUCGCUGGACUCCGAGGGCAACGACGAGGAUCGCAACAAGAGGUUCCUUUCCUUUGGUGGUUCCUCUGCUGGAGGAGCCGGAGGCUCGGGCAACUUCCUGUUCGACAUCAUUCGCCAAACAGCCGACCGGGCCGCACGUGCUGCUGGAACCGUGUACCGGGUAGUCGCCGGCACGGAAUCACUGACGACCGACCACGAUAAGAACGCAAACGACGAAGGACGACUUUCCGCCUCUAGUAGCUCUUCCUACACCACCACCUCUAGCUCUUCUAGCCAUUCUGCGCUCAUCUCGGGUAGCUCCGGAACCGAACAAAGUGACGAAAAGGCCAACUCUCCAGAUGACGACCAUGACCUCGGAAAAGGUGACGGAUAUACCGAGGGCAUUCCCGGACCGGUAACCCGUCUGUUUGUGCUCGCCAACCGUGGCCUCUCCAAUCUGAUACAGGACCUGAUUCUGCGAAUCGCUCAAACCAGUGAACGAGUAGUCAACUUCAAAGCACGUCUGAUUACGUCACUCAUCUAAGGCGGAGAUCCUCGCUCACUCGCACAUACACACCCACACAUCUAUCUACAUAUCUCUCCUCCUCAUUUCGAGUAAAAUCAUAUCAUCGAGCUCAAACCUGAACGCGCACUAGCUGAAAUUUUACUCUUAGUUUUUCUCGCUCGAUCAGAAAAAAAACGAAACCAGUCAAAUCCUCACUAGUUUAGCAGAAAAAAAAAGUUUUUAAUAUUUACGUGUUCGCAGCUUAAGCAUAGAAAAAAAACGAGGGUGUGCGUACUAGUUCAACGAAAUACUACCUAUACUAACACGAAUAUCGGAAAACUAUAGAAAACAGUGGAUUGAGACAAAUUGUAUAAGGCUGGAAAAAGGAAAUCUGUGUUUAUAAUUGUAAUAUAUAUUAUUAUUGUUAUUCUAUGCUUUCACUGCAACUAAUUCAAUGUGUUUCUCCCACCUCAUGAAAUGCUUUUGAAGGUUGGCAACACAGGUCGAAAACGCCAUCUUCCGGGGGAAACUGUUCGAAACUAAAAUCUUUUUCCAACCUUUCUCUUGUCAUUCUCUAGCUGUAAACAUAUUUGCUCAAAACGAUGGUUGUGUAAAUACUAUAAAUCUAAUCUCGCACUCGAUUUUUCCUCAAAAAGAAGCUGUCACUCUACUGUCAGCUUGGUGGCCUGUUUUCUUUUUUCCUCUUUAUUAUCACUAUCUCCUUUCUCCUUCAACAUGUGUAAAUACCUUACUUGCUUAUGUCAUGUUUGUGUUUUGUUUUUCCUUCCUUCAACAAUCGUUACUAUUUCCUCUUUACAUCACACUAGCAUAGACAAUCGAACUACUUUCACUAAACGAAACGACUAUGGGAAUCAGAAGAGAGUUAGGGUGCAGGAGAUCUUAGGAGCUACAGUUUAAAAAAUUAUCCAUCAUUUGCUAAAUUUCACUCCAGUUUGUAGAAACCAUUUUUUGUAAACCUCACUAAAGCGUCUGUUGUAAAUAGGUUUAAAGCUUUCAGUGUUGUGUUUUUUCGACCGCUGUUACUAUUCUCAACAUUUUUUUCUGUACUUUACGAUUUUCUCAUGUGGAAAUCAUCGGAGAGAAAAACCAACUUGAAAACGAACAAACAUUUUACUGCAAACUACUGCUAGGACAUAUAUAGAAGAAUAAACAAAAAAAAAAUACUAUCAAUUCAUAGGAUGGUGGCAAACAAAUUGUUAACACAAAAACUGUAGGAUUAAUGGAAGUGAUUUUUUAUAUUUCGGUUUCGGCGCGCGGAGCUCCGCGAAACCUCAGCCGCGGGGUUCGAGACAUCUUUCCGAACAGAACACUAUACUUUUUACUAUUAAGCGAAACUGAACAACAACAACAAAAAAACAGCAAAAGGAAAAAUUAAGGGUAUCAGAUAUCUCAUACUAGGCAGGUCACCGCAAAAUUGGGUGGCCGGCUGUUGAUUUAGACAAAAAAGAUGUAAAACAAGAACAUGAAUAAAUUUGAUAUACGAUUAUCGAUUUAAUGUA